AUGGUCUUCACCCACUCAGUCGAUCCCGUCUGGUUCCUGUGGAGCGUUCGAGAGGCUAGCACAGCGAUGCUGGUCGGCAACCUCGUCCUCGGCUUGCCGAUCCUCCGGACCUGCUGGCGGUUCUUCGUCCCCAGAAAUGACAGCAGCUCGGGGGCCAAGUCAUCAAAGGCGAGCUCGGGCGCCACGGGCGACUCGUCUGCGUCAGCAGCUUUGGAGCCGACCUCGUCGAGGUCGGCGCCGACGGCGCGGGUGGCGAUCAAUAGCGUUUACACGGACAUCGAGCUUCACGGCAAGGACGGUACGCAGGGCAUGACACGGAGGCUGUCGGUCCGGCAGGAGAGCGUAUGA